UUAUAAUUUAUGUCGAUUUUAUUUUAUUGAAAAUUAAUGCUUGUGAUAUCAAAUUAUCUUUUAAGCAAUAUUUUCAAUCGUUAUUUUUAAACCUCGACUUAUUGAUCGUUUCGCGUCGCUGUCUACUUAACAAAUGUUUCUGCAGCGAAUUUUUCUGUAAUAAUUAUUUGCAUAUUCUAAGUGUUAAAUGGCGAUUAAUAUGACUAAUCACAAAAUAAGUUCUCUUUGAGGAUCGCGCGGCAUAGUUAUGCGCGAAUCGAUGUAAGAGUUGAAUUAAAACUGUUACUUGCACUUUAUUGUACAUUUGUGAAGACACUGACUAUUUCGUUUAAUGAAACUUUUUAUUCUACGCAGAAUGCGGUCUAUUUGUUUAGAUUAUACAUAUUGUGCAGGUACCAACUAAAAUAUCAUUAUUAAAUUUUAACAUCGAUUAUGCUAUCCAAAAUUCUGCAUUACUUUUUAAUUUUGCAUAUACAUAUUUAUUUUCAUGUGUGAACAAAUGAGAUUGGAAAGCGUCGAAUAUAUGUAGCUUUAAAAAUAGAAUAAAUUGUUAACGAUAAUAAUUUAACAUUAUUAUAAUAAUAAUACGUUUAGGAAAAAAGAAUUGUUCCAUAGAGUUGAAGUGGUUUAUAAAAUCUUUUACGCGAAACACUGAGCGUUGAAAACUUUCCGAUCUCAAGCUUGGCCUCGACACCUUGGCGAUUUCGCAGAGUUACCAGCACAGAUUACCGAAUCGUAACGAGAUUUUUACGAAACGAACGAUGAUUUCUGAUUUGACGUUUCUUUUGCGUCUGUUUCAGACCAUAGUUUGCCAUUGCUCUAUGAAUUGGUGCCCAUCGCGAGAAAGAAACAACCGAUGUACCAUCGAGUCGACGUCGACACCAAUUUACUCGCCACGAAGCCGAAGUUUCCCUGUCCUACGUGUCCAAGUGUCUUCAGUCACAAGAACAAUCUUUAUUAUCAUUCGAAAUUCGAGUGCGGCCAGUUGCCGCGAUUUAAAUGUCCUUACUGCACCUAUCGCACGAAGCACGUGUCGAACGUGCGUGCUCACGUGCGUAGGAAACAUCCUGGCAAUGAUGUAUAUGCUAUCGACGUGUGCAAACUAGACUCGUAAAAUAACGUCAAGACUCGUAAAAUAACCCAGGUAUUCAAAUGGUAUAAUUAAAAAAAAAUUUUUUUUUUUUUAGCCUGUUUCUACUAACGGAGAUUAACUUUAAGCUGGGUUUAACUUAUUCUUUAUCUUUUUCUAAUUUUUGGAACUAGAAUAAGAUAACAAAGUAAGUUAAACACGAUUAAAGUUACGUUUAAAUCCACGUUGGUAGAAAAGGGCGUGGAAAGACUCUUUAUUUUUGCGCGUACGAUUCUAUAGAAACGCGAUCUCAUUUUCUGUGUUCUGAGUUACAAUACAAAACAAUCUAUUUUUAUAAUUUUAAGCAAAGAAUGCAAAAGUUACAAUUUUUUUUCUAGUCGAAUGUAUGUAUUACAUAUAUUUGUGAGAUACGAUAAGUCACGUUAUUUUCUUUUGUAGUAUAUGAUCAAUAUUUUAAUCAACAUAAAUUGUAUAUAACGUUAUGACAAGGUGAGUCUUACUCUUCGUUGUCUUCCAUGUAAUGAAAUUGCGACGAUAAUUCGAUGUUUUAUAAAAUACUGAUGAACAGAAGCAACAUUUCAAUCGAUUACUGUAUACACACAAGCGCAUUUAUGUAUUUAUGUAUAAUAUAACAUUAAUAAUAAUCUGAUUAUAUUUAUAUAUAAGAGAAUUGUAGAUGAUUUGAUACGAAACUUGUUUCUCAACAUUGCAUAUAAAUUGUUUAUAAUCUACUGUGUUAUUUUAUACCAUCUUUUUGUACUUUUUAUUAUUUAUUGUACUACAAUAAAUUAUAGGUGAUUAUACGCUCGUCUAAUUGGUAGUUAAUAUUAAUUUUACUUCGUAGUUAAAUUAAUGCUCGAUAUUAAAUUAACUUUUAGGCAAUAUAAUCUAAGCUAUUUUUAAUAAGCGUCGAAUGCUUUCUCUCUCAUGUCGUUGUUUACCUAGUAAAUUCUCACAUCUUCACGCCCUCGCCGAAUUGUUUCUUUUGUAAUGAUUCGUCGUUCUUUCGCGUUCCAAGUCAACUGGCAAUUAACCCGGCUAAUCAAUAGGACAUGUGCAUUUUUCAGAAGGAAAGCAUUCAUCGAGGAGCACGCGACGCAGAUAUGCAAAUCAAUCUGUUCAUAAGGCCCAGCACCCACGGCAGGCAUGCAAACAGGUGUACUACUGCCCGAGAUGUAACGGAUCCUUCAAUUGGCGCUACAAUCUCCAGCAUCAUCUCAAGUUCGCGUGCGGUCAGUCGCCACGGUUCAACUGCCCAUACUGUUCCUUCCGUACGAAACAUACGUCGAACGUGCGGGCCCACGUGCGCAGGAAGCAUCCUGGCCGCGAGGUCUACGUCGUCGAUAUCCUCAGCUGGCAGCAACGCGGCGAAUCGACGUCUGUCGCGUCGUGAACCUACGACUCUACAGCGACAUGGACUUCCUCCACAAUAAAAGACGUCGUCCUCAAUUGAACUACGGUAGUCCUGAGAAACAUUACUCCCCUCACGUGUGACAUAUCUUUCCUUCCCGCGGAAGAUCCACGCCGUUUUUGUGUCGUGGCGAAAUGAGUGGCUACUGAUCGCACGAUUCUCGACAUCUAACAAGAGAUCUAAUGUUUAUUUUACUGAUCGCUUACUUGAACACUCGAGAAGACUGUUCUCAUGUCUCCCUCCCUCUUUCACUAUCUUUCUUUUUCUCCCGGUAACUGAAAUGGAUAUAAAGUCAAAAUAGAGAUUUAGAUGUUUGUCACGGGCUUUAUGGAUGACGAAGACGUUCUGUGCUUUUUUUGCAGUCUCCGAGUCGACGUCGACGCGCACGUGGCGGAAAGACUAUAAUCGGUCGGUUGCGAACAGGGACCUCGUCAUCUCGUCGCGCGAUCAAAACGCUAAAUCGUUUCCAUGUGGCAAUUGCAGCAGCGUGUUCAGCAUGAAGCACAAUCUUCAGUAUCACUGGAGGAUCGAGUGCGGUCAACCGCCGAGAUACAAUUGUCCAUAUUGCGUCUACAGGACGAAACAUCCGUCAAACAGAUUCAAUCGGACGGCGUGCAACGAUUUCAUGCGCAUUCCAAUCAAUGUGUCUACAACCCCGACGGAGCGCAACAAUGCAGGAGUUACCCUUGUCACAAGUGCGGCAGCGCGUUUACACGCAAGAACAAUUUGUAUAAUCAUCUCAAGUUUCAAUGUGGUCAAUUGCCGAGGUUCAACUGUCCAUAUUGCUCGUACCGUACGAAACACUCGUCGAACGUGAGGUCUCAUAUACGCAGGAUACACCCCAAUGAAAGUGUCUAUGUUCUCGACAUUAGCAGCAAGCAGAACUAUCAGUCGAAAUGAACGAUGCAAAGUUUUUUUUGUUUUUGUUUUUUUUUUACAAGCUUUCGUCUACAAGCAAAGCCGCAAAAUAUAUUUCGGAGCAGUUGUGAUAUCAAUUAAUUGAAUGGUUUAUUAGUUACUUUAUCAGUAUAUUUUAUUUAUUUUAUGUAAUCGUUUCUGCCAUACAUAUUGUCGUGUUAAUCAAUUCAUUAUUAUAUGUUUGUUUAGUAUAAUCGAUAUCAUUGAUAUAGUCUGAAUUUAAAGAUCACAUUUGAUGUUUCCUUGCUGCAGAAUGUUUGAAAAAUAUAUUUAUUUAUAAAAUGCAUCUUAUAUUUGGAACAUUUUAUUUUUGAAAUAUGUUUGGUGGUAUAUUGUUAAAUUAUUAAUACACUGAAUUCGAUGUAAUUGAAUAAAUUUUUAGUGUUUAGCUGUCUAUGUCGAUCUAUCACUCUUUUUGAUUUCUUAAAAUUGCUAUUAUAACUUGUACUUUCUUAAAUGAUCUCCUGUUUAUCUCUCUCUAAACCCUAGACAGAUAUUACUACCUAGAUAUAAGAGAUAUAGAAAUUUUUAGUAUGUUUGGGGUGUAACGGUUUCUUUGCCUUGCGGUGGGAAGGAGACAAACAAGUUUCAACUCUCCUGAAAUGUCCUCCUAAAAUGGCAGCUGCAGAAGUUCGAUCGUGACUGUGAAAGUGAAAGCAUCCAAAAUGUUAGUAAGUCUCACAGACUUAAUAGUAGGUAACCAUGUCGAUCUUUUCGAGGUAAGUAUACGCUAAAACUGCAAUAUUUUGUCAGUGUAACUUUAUAUUUUUAUUACAUUUAAAUAAUAAUGUAUACGUCUAUAGUUAGAAAUAGGAAUACGCUUCAAGAGGCACAAGUACGAGCAUGGUAGCUAUAAGUUUGCUUAUAUUAUUUAUAAAAAGACAUUCGCAUUUAUAACUUGUGAUCUCGGUACUUCUAAUUUUACGUCAAUUACGGAUACAACUAAAAAGCGUUAUUGGAAUAGAAAAAAAAUUGAAUGACAUAUGUAAUUUUAUAGAUUAUAAAUUACAUAAAAGUGUUAGAUGCAGAUUGUGCGAUAUAUCUAUAGGUAUAUGAAGCUCGACUCGUGAAAGAUGCACUUUUAGCAAUUCAGCUUUUUUUAUUAUUAUUAUGUAUAUACUUGUCUUAUGCUUUGUCUUUGAAAUAUACUAAUUUAGUUAAUAAUAAAAAUUUUGUUUUACUUUAAGCUUCUAUAACUUUUCCUUAUUUUUAAGCUUUUAUAACUUUUCCUUAUUGUGGUUUCAAAAUAAAUUGUACAUAAUUUGCUUAACCAAUUUUUGAUGUUUCGACUAAAAAUAAGAGGGAUAAUAUAUGUUUGCAUGAAAUAUAAACAAUUAAAAUUUUAGGUCUUUUAGAAACAAAAAUUAAGGAUAAUAACUUAGCUUAAGAUAAUGAAAUUAAUGCGUAUGUUGAUUAACAUACAACAUACUGAUAAACUGAUGUGUAAUCAAUAAGAAUUUUUUUGUUACAGAUAUUAAACCUUGCUACGUUCGACUUUCACGGCUCUCGCAGGAAGGCUGUCGCCAAACUAAACACCGUAUCCAUUUAGCUUUGCGUAAAAAACUUUUUUGUUCAAACAAUUGCGGGCGUUCCUUCGGAACUUUAAAUUCCAUGUUGAAGCAUCUGCAUUAUGAAUGCCAUUAUCCGCCAUCUCUAAUGUGUUCAUUCUGUAAUAAUUAUCGUUCGAGAUCGAUUACCAGUAUUUAUCAACACGUGCUUAAACGACAUAUAAAAAAAAA